AUGGUCUGGGGCGGUCGUCAACAGGAUGAACCCCAGUCUCCCCCGCAGGAGUUGUUGGAUAAGCCUGUAGUCCGAGAGAAGCUCCCCGCAAAAUUACAACAGUUGGUUGAUCGCGAGGACGAAUUCUACGAUGACCUUUAUUCCCAAUACUCGGUCAACUCCACAGACACGGGGUUCCGCUAUGCCGCCUACGCCAACCGUAUCCGCACGAUCCUCCUCUCUGCCCAUCGCUAUGUCGCAUACACCUCAGACAUUGGCGAGUCCUUCCGUCCGAUUGCACACCCAUGGCUUGUGCGCUCCGCCUACACUAUCUCCUGGACAUACCUGUUAGGCGAUGUUGGUCACGAAGGCUACAAGGCCUAUCUCCGGAACUGGAAGGCACUGGCUCCCACCGGCGAGGCAUACAAGGAUGCUAGCCAACCUUCGCAGAACCAGAUCAUCAAGGGCAUGGCAACGGGAAAUAUGAUGAUUGGCAACAAAGCCGAGUCCAAGGGUGGGGUUUCAGACUGGCCAACCGCCGAGAUCCCGCUUGCAGAGGACUACCGCAUGGUCAUGGCCAAGCGCGCUGUGUUCCAGAGUAUCGCGAGUAUGGGAUUACCCGCAUUCACAAUCCACAGUGUUGUCCGCUACUCUGGGCAGAUGGUGAAGGGUGUCAAGAGUGCAUUUAUUCGUACUUGGACGCCGAUCGGGCUGGGUCUUGCUGUUGUCCCCUUCCUCCCCUAUAUUUUCGAUCAUCCCGUCGACGAGGCCGUUGAAUGGGCCUUCCGCACUGGUCUUCGUGCUUACGGCGGCGAAGCAGCCGUCCGCCCGCUGCCAGGCAAGAGCCUCCCUCCCCGGGAAGAAGAGGAAGUUCGGGCUGCUGCGGCGGCAAACAUCUCCUGGGACGAGUACAAGGCUGAGCGGGAACGAGCGCGUGAGCUCCGUCGCCAGUCAAGUGAGCAGGCCGGCAGUGGUGGGAUUGCAUCGCUGACGAGCUGGUUUGGAAAGUCUGAAUCGGAGUCGGAUAAGAAGAAGAAGGAAUGA